UCGCAUUUAUGAAGCUCUCUGUAUUGUUGUUGUUUAUGUUAUGUUUUGAGCGCGGGAGAAUGAGGUGCAGUGCAUGGGUAAUGAAAUGAUAAUGCAUGACAGCUGACACUGUAUCAACGUUUUGUAAUAGUGACACCGAAAUGUUUGAAAUUACGUGCAGCACUACUCUCUUUACUGUUGGGACCUUUCCCAUGGUUUUCGUCUUGGAGGAAAAUGAUGAAAACAAAAUCAUCGCCCAAAUGAUCCAGCAUGGUGGUGGUUGCGUAGCUUCUUUAAGAGGACCAUAUGGCAUUUGCCUAUCAUCUCCUGAAAAUUUGCUGUUGUUACAAAAUGAAGCAGUUUUCUCCACUGAAUUCAUCAAGGACUGCUGUAUAGCCAAUAGGAUUUUGGAUAUAAAUCAGUACAGGUUAGGUGGUCCUUCCAGUUAUUCUGACAACUUCAAUGCUAUGAAGGUGCUCCUGAGGCAGUCUCACUGGCCAACACCUGCAGAAAGGGAUGAAAAUGACUCAGCUAAUACUGAUAGGCACUCAGAUUCUGAUACUACUGUGGAGUCUCAGAAUUCUAGAAGAAACAUGAGCUCACAUAGAAGCAGAACAUUCUCUGGAAAUGAAGAGAGAGAAAUUCUUCGUUACAUUGUAGAGAACAAGGAGAUUGGUCUCAUUUUGGGAAAUACUCUUUGGAAGAAAAUUGCACAAAAAAAGCUGCAGGGUCGAACAUGGCAGUCACUGAAGAAGCAUUUUCUGAAACACAUGUUGCCCAAUAUUACAAAGUAUACAUUUUUGUCUGUAACGGACAGACUUGAGUUUCAGAAACAUGGGAAGGUACCUGCAGACAGUCAUGAUGUAAUAAAUUCAGAAAGUAAACUACAAUCUGGUUCAUCAGUUCAAAAAACAAUCAGCCCCUGUGGAUCUUCUGUAAGUACUGAUGCCAGCAGUCUUGAAAGGGGCUGUGGUCAGAGGCUCCCAGAGAAACGUAAACCAUUCAGAAUCAUCAGAUUCCGUGAAUCUUCUGAAAGUGACAGUGAUGGUUGUCCAGGAAAUACAGACGAUCAGAGACUUCAAGAUAUAUGUCUGGUAAAUAGAUCUACCAGCUCACGGAUAUGUCAUGAGAACGAAGGUGGCAGAUGUUCCGGGAAACAGGAUGACCUGCAGCAGCUAGAGAAAAACAAAGCACAUACCAUAAAAAGGCGGCAGUUGGUCAUUAACAGUUCUGAUGAGAUGAAUUCAGGUAGUGAGGAGCAUCAUAGAGCUCCAAUUGUACAAAGAACAAAUAGAGAUCGGAGAAAAUCUCAAGAUAGUUCUUCAUCUGAUGACUGGUUUGCGGCAACGACUCAAGAGCGACAGAACGUGAAUGUCAAAGCCAUCAGUCAGACGUCUAAGAAGUUGAGGAAAAGACAUAGGGAAGAAUUUACUAUGGAAGAAGAAUAUGCCAUACUCACAUACCUCCAGAAGCAUAACAGGUUUAGUAAUACUGGAGGCAACGUUGUAUGGAAGAAUAUGGCAGCAACGGAGCCAGUGGGAAAUCGUCAUACAUGGCAUUCACUGAGGGAACGGUACCUGAAGAAGAUUGUGCCAAAUAUUAAUAAAUACAAUUUGCCAGAAGAAAUAGUGAGACGUAUUAAGUACAAGUGAAAUGCAGCAACCAGGAAACGGCACUGUGAAGAAAACUCUGAAACAUAUAAGCUUAAAACCAAUUUGGAAUGUUUGUGAUUGGAGAAAGAAGUUGAGGACUAUAAAAAAUAGUGCAAUAUUUAAAUUAUUUCAUUUGCCACAUAUUCUGAACAGAUACCCUUGCAGUUUGUAAGUGUGUGUGUGUGUGUGUGUGUGUGUGUGUGUGUGUGUUUGUGUGUGUGUGUGUGUGUGUGUGUGGUGGGGUGAGGUCUCUUGCCAAUUUUUGUUGAUAAUUUAUAAGUUUUAGUGUGCUUAAUUUUUAAAUUGGUCUUUUCAGAUGGCAUUAAAAAUCAGCUGCUCCUUUAUGUUUCCAUUUAUUAAAUUUUAAUGCUUAUCAAAUGUUGCUCCAUUUCUGAGCAUCAAUUUUUUUUGUUGAACUGUUUGUUUUUAACGAUUUUAACACAGAAGAUGAGAAUCUAUUUACCAGCUGCAGAAUAAGGAUUAAAAUUAGUUAUUGCAUUUUUUGUCAUGUUUGUGUGUCAGAGGCACAGAGACUGUGCAGAAAAUGUAGUAUAAGCUUUGGGAAAAGGAUAAAUGUAAAGGAUACACUCUCCCUGUAUAACAAAUCCGUCACAAAAGUACUGUCAUCAUUACUUAACAUGACAUUGUGAAAGACAG